UCCCAGAUGUCUCCCCUUCCCCACUUACCCAAGGUCAGCCUCAACUGCAUGUAUUCUUGCCAUCCCCAGGUUCAUGUAUCCAGGAAUCCAUCCGUUCGCUCCGGAUGUCUCCCCUUCCCCACUUACCCAAGGUCAGCCUCAACGACAACCUUCCCCAAGUUCAUGUGUCCAGGAAUCCAUCUGUUCGCUCCCGGGUGUCUUCCCUUCCCCAUUUCCCUAAGGUCGGCGGUGCCUUCCCCGGAUCAGUGUCUCCAGGAAUCCACUUAUGUCACCUCAGGUGAACUCCCUUCCCCACUUCCCCAAGGUCAGCGGUAUUCUUGCCGUCCGCAGGAUCAUGUAUCCAGGAAUUCUUCCGUCUACCGCCGGAUAUCUUCCCUUCCCCACUUACGCAAGGUCAGCCUCAACUGCACGUAUUCUUGCCUUGCUCAGGUUCAUGUAUCCAGGAAUCCAUCCGCUCGCUCCGGAUGUCUCCCUUCCCCACUUACCCAAGGUCAGCCUCAACAACAACCUUCCUCAAGUUCAUGUAUCCAGGAAUCCAUCCGCUCGCUCCGGAUGUCUUCCCUUCCCCAUUUCCCUAAGGUCGGCGGUGCCUUCCCCGGAUCAGUGUCUCCAGGAGUCCACUUAUGUCACCUGAGUGGACUCCCUUUCCCACUUCCCCAAGGUCAGCGGUAUUCUUGCCAUUCCCAGGAUCAUGUAUCCAGGAAUCCUUCCGUCUACCGCCGGAUAUCUUCCCUUCCCCACUUACCCAAGGUCAGCCUCAACAACAACCUUCCUCAAGUUCAUGUAUCCAGGAAUCCAUCCGCUCGCUCCGGAUGUCUUCCCUUCCUCAUUUCCCUAAGGUCGGCGGUGCCUUCCCCGGAUCAGUGUCUCCAGGAGUCCACUUGUGUCACCUGAGUGGACUCCCUUCCCCACUUCCCCAGAGUCAGCAGUGCCUUCCCCGGAUCAGUGUCUCCAGGAGUCCACUAGUGUCACCUCAGAUGGACUCCCUUCCCCACUUCCCCAGAGUCAGCGGUUGCCACCUUCAGUGACCUCGCUGCAUGGAAACUUGGUCUUGUCUAGC